CUUUGUGUACUUUCACAGUUCUGUCUGCAGUACUCAUGUACUUUGUGUACUUUUACAGUUCUGUUGCAGUACUGUGUGAGUGUAGUACUCAUGUACUUUGUGUACUUUUACAGUUCUGUUGCAGUACUCAGAGACCUGAUGCAGGACUCGGUUCUGGUUCGGUUUUUUCAGCAGCGUCAGUCGAGUCUGAAUCACUCACUUCCCCUGGAGACGUACCUCCUGAAACCAGUGCAGAGGAUCCUCAAGUACCACCUCCUACUGCAGGAACUCUCUAAACACCUGUCGAAGUCGGAUCGUGGAUACGAGGUGGUGGAAGACGCCAUCGUCACCAUGACGGCCGUCGCCUGGUACAUCAACGACAUGAAGAGGAAACAGGAGAACGCCGUCCGCCUGCAGGAGGUCGAGGCUCUGCUGGUGAACUGGUCUGGUCCGGAUCUGUCUGGUUUCGGGGAGUUGGUUCUGGAAGGUUCUUUCCGCGUCCACCGGGUGAAGAAGGAGCGAGCGUUUUUCCUCUUCGACCGAAUGCUCCUCAUCGCCAAGAAACGCCUCGACCACUUCGUCUACAGCACGCACAUCUUUUGCUGUAACCUUCUGCUGGUGGAGACUCUGAAGGAUCCUCUGUGCUUCAAGAUCUCAGACCAGAGCAUCCCCAAACAGCAGCACAUCGUACAGACCAAGAACCAGGAGGAGAAAAGACUGUGGGUCCACUACCUCAAGAGACUCAUCAUAGAAAACCACCCAGCGUCACUGCCCCAGAAGGCCCGACAGGUUCUGGGAGACAACUUCUGCCAAACUCCUCAGUUCCAGCAGGAGGCGCUGAAGUCCUGCUCCUCUCCCAGACUGGAGGAUCUGCACAACUUCCACAGAGGAAGGAGACAGUCCGAGCCACAGGAGGCGCUGUCCUUCACCCCCGAGAAGAGCAGGAAGAGUCUUCCUCUGCUGCUGGACGGAAACCUCCCGCUACGACGCAGCCGCCGCCAGUCAGCUCCUGCCAAAGACAUCGAGGCGGCGUUUCAUCACCGUGAGUCUCCACGACGACCACAAACAUAA